AUGGUUAACCUUACACCCAACGCGGUGUCAAUGUUGUACCACAGUCAGGCCCCUGAAGGCUUCGAACCAUGGCUCCAGGUUAUCGACAUAAAGAAAAUUAAGCCAGCGAGUGGUGCAGUCGGCGACAGAUACCGCAUCAUGCUGUCGGACGGCACUUCUUACAUAAGUGGAAUGCUUGCGACUCAGCUGGCACCGCUAAUGGAGAAAGAGAGUCUAAAAUCAAACUUUGUCCUACAACUGAAAGACUAUUUGAGCAAUGAAGUACAGGGCCGUCGGAUUAUAAUCGUGCUCAAAAUCGGCGACAUUGUUCCUGCUUUCGAUUGUAUUGGAUCACCGGAGAAUAUAGAAAGCUCCAAGGGUUUUUGCAUAUCUACUGCCCCUGCAAUUGCAGCUCCACCAGCCGCUUCUCUCGGAGCAAGACCAUCAGUUCAUGCGCAAACUGUUAUGCAGUCUAAUCGGCCUCCUAUUGUUCCAUCGAGCUAUGCACCGCCCGCAAAGUCUGCGCAGCCCGUAUACAACCGCGGGCCUGUCGUGCGCCAGGAUCUGAACAUUCGUCUCUCGGAUAUUCAUAGUUUGAACCCAUACGCCGGCGGUCGGUGGACCAUCAAGGCUCGCGUGACGACUCGCGCUCCUGUAAAAACCUGGACUAAUACUCGAGGCUCUGGCAAGCUCUUUAGUGUGGACUUGCUAGACGCAAAGGGUGGCGAAAUCCGGGCCACUUUUUUCAAUGAUGGUGUGGACAAAUUUUACGAAAUGCUGCGUCCUGGCUGUAUUUUUUACUUCGCUGGUGGCAAGGUCAAGAUGGCCAAUCGUCGUUUUUCGUCGAUGGACAACGACUACGAAGUGACAUUCGAUCAGCAUUCCGAGAUUUCACCGGCCCCGGAAGACGGGCAGAUCUCACAGAUGCACUACUCGUUUAAAAAAAUUGCUGAUAUUGAGAGCAUCCCUAGUGAUUCGAGUGUCGAUGUUGUUGCCGUUGUGCGAGAUGUUGGUCCAGUAACUGAGAUCACAUCUAAGGCUGGCAAGCAGCUAUUCAAGCGUGAUAUUUCGCUUGUCGACGACUCUAACGCUGAGAUUAAGUGCACAAUGUGGAAUGAGCGAGCGCAGGAAGAUUGCUCUGGCUGGCUGAACCAAGUCUUAGCAAUUAAAGGAUGUCGGGUGAGUGAGUACAACGGCCGAUCGAUCGGCACGGUAACGAGCUCUAGCUUUGUCGUUAAUCCAGCUAUUCCAGAAGCAGGACACCUUGUCACUUGGUUUUCUAAUGGAGGCAGUGGGAUUCAAGCCAACGAUAUCAAUGGUAAGCAGCUUGGCUUCGGCCAAAAGCCCGAUUACAUCACGAUCAAGGGAACAGUAAAUUUCAUCAAGCAUGAUAUUGGUGUCUACUACCAGGCAUGUCCGAAGUGCCAGAAGAAGGUUGUGGCUGAUGUAGCUCAAAAUUAUACAUGCGAGAAAUGCCAGACUUCCUAUCCUAACUGUGAAAACCGCUACAUUCUUUCGGUAGUUAUGCUGGAUCAUACAGGAAGCACGUUUACGACGUGCUUUGAUGACCAAGGCAAGGUGGUGAUGGGUGGCCGCACAGCCGAUGAAAUAGGCGAGCUCCGUGAUACCAACAUGGCUUUGUACGAGUCAGUUUUCAAAGGUGUCUUAUUUAAGCAGUACGUCUGCCGUCUUCGCGUAAAGGCCGAGAAUGUACAGGAGGAGCUCCGUGUAAAGGCUAGUGUUGUGAAUAUAGAGCCUGUCAACUUUGCUCACGAGGCAAAGGAUUUGGUCCAAGCGAUCGCUCAGUACAAUUGA